UCUGAAUUGUUUGUUAUUAAUUUUCUAAUGGGAAAACGCGUUUUUCUUACAUAGUUUUAAUUUUUUGCAAAAUAUAUUUAUAUGCUCUUAAAAUACGUGAAAACAUUUCAAUUUAAGUUUUCUAAUAUAAAAAGACAAAUGGCAGUAUUUACUCAAGUGCUUAACCCCAUAACGGGUCAAAAUGAAUGGGCCUCACAAGAAGAUUCUUACGACUAUCAUCAGGAAGUGGCAAAUGCCGGUUUUGGUGAUAUGCUACACGAUAAAGAAAGAAAUCAAAAAUAUUAUGCUGCCCUGCGUAAAACAAUAGAAAAACUUCAUAAACAUGGCAAAGAGGCGCAUGUUUUAGAUAUUGGCACGGGUACUGGAAUACUUUCAAUGAUGGCUGUGGCUUCGGGUGCUGAUUCGGUGACCGCAUGUGAGGCUUUUAUACCCAUGGCCAAUUGUGCUGAAAAAAUUUUGGAAGCUAAUAAGGUAAAAGAUAAAAUUACAUUGAUUAAGAAGAGAUCUACGGAUAUAAUUGUGGGUGAAGAUAUGCCGCGUAAAGCUAAUAUAUUAGUUACCGAAGUCCUUGAUACCGAGUUAAUAGGGGAAGGUGCUAUAGGUAUCUACAAUCACGCUCAUGAUCAUUUGUUAACUGAAGAUGUUAUAUGUAUACCUUCUAAGGCUACCUGUUAUGCUCAGGUUGUACAAUCACCUUUGGCAGCACAAUGGAAUUCUUUAAAGAUCUUAGCCAAUUUGGAUGGUGAUAUACUUUUAAAUCCACCCAAAGAUAUAGCUAAUUGUCAAGGUGAAGCUAAUCUACAUGAUGUACAACUUUCUCAAUUGCCGCUAGAUCAAUUUCGUCCUAUUGCCGAGCCUUUUGAAAUUUUUGAAUUUGACUUUAAUCGAAAACAAUUCCGGGAGUUGGAAAGAGAACAUAAUCAUAUUCUAAAAGCUACAAGUGUUGGCUCCACAGAUUUGGUGUUUUAUUGGUGGGAUAUCAGUAUGGACCUCGAUGAGGAAAUAAAACUUAGUUGUGCCCCAUUUUGGGCACAUCCCGAAUUUAAACAAUUGGCCAACGAAAAUUAUCCAGCUAAACCUUUAGCUAAUGUUGUACCCUGGAGAGAUCAUUGGAUGCAGGCUAUAUAUUAUAUACCCAAACCCUUGAAUAUUACCAAUGUUGGUGAAGAAUUCAUAUUGAAUUGUAAUCAUGAUGAAUACUCCUUAUGGUUUGAUGCUUUUAAGAAAUCUGAUGAAAAUCUAAAAAAAUCUGUUCCUCGCCACAGCUGCACCUGUUCCCUACAUAUGACCUAUGGUCGUUCACGCAUUGGACAAUUGAAUCAAAGUCCACGAAAUAAGCGUUAUUUAAAUUAUUUAGAGGAGCAUAUUAAACCCGAUACACAAGUUUUGGUACUCGGUGAUGGUUGUAUUUUGGGCUUAGCCUGUGAACGUUUAAAAGCUUCCAAGGUAUGGUGUCAUGAACCCCAUCGCUAUUCAAGAUAUUUUAUGGAUUCUGUAGCAAAGUUUAAUAAUCUAACAAAUGUAGAGUUUUUAGAAAAAUUAGAGGAUCUUAAUGAGGCUAAUUUACAAAAUAUAACUCAUAUUUUUGCGGAACCCUAUUUCUUGACCUCUAUACUACCUUGGGAUAAUUUUUACUUUGGCACUUUGUUAAUGAAAAUUAUAGAAAAUCUAUCGGAUAAUGUAGAAAUAUCACCAUUUGGUGCACGUAUUUAUUGUGUACCCGUAGAGUUUUUAGAUCUACAUAAAAUAAGAACACCUCUUAAAGAAUGUGAGGGUUUCAAUCUAAAACUUUUUGAUAAAAUGGUUGAGAGUUCUACCUCUAUAGCCCAGUCUAAAGUUGAAGCCCAACCUUUGUGGGAAUAUCCCUGUAGAGCUUUAGCACCACCGCAACAAUUGUUACAAGUGGAAUUUAGAAAUUUCAACAAAGACGAAUCAGUAAAUGGAGACAUUUCAAUCGAAUAUUCAGCAAGUUGUAAUGGUAUUGCUUUGUGGGUAGAUUGGCUGCUAGAUAAUACUUCGAGAACAAAAUCGAUUGUAAGUUCUGGACCUUUGGAAGCAAUAGAAACGGGUAAAUUUAUAAAAUGGGAUAUGUUUGGACGUCAAGGUGUUAAUUUGAUAGGCAAAGCCCAAAAUGUAGAAAAUGGUAAAAGUAUAGUUCAAUGGAAAGUUGACUUCAGACCCAAAUUGGGUAAAUUAGAUUUUAAUUUUGAAAUAAAGGUUUAACUUCUAAAACUUUCUCAGGAAUUAAGUAAGCAAUAAAAUUUAACUAGUAACAACAUUAAACAAGGA